CCGCCUAGCGUCCUUUACCCGCUUUUGCGCGUGAGUGGCUGCGUGGGCCGCUCGCGCCUUGCAUGACAUGGUGGGCUUCGAGCGAGAAAACCUCGCCGUGGAGUUGACGGAGCCACGGGAAGUGCCACAGCGGCGCGGCCUGUGUCAACGGCUGGGCUGCUUCCUUCUCCUCCAUUUUGCUGCGCUGCUGUCAGAGAUUCUGGCAAUCCUGGAUUUUAUUCUAACGGAGAACUACAGCAUGAUAUGCGCCAUGACGGCGCCUUUGCUUCUCUCAGGCAUGGUUUGCACUCACGCCGCAUGGCGCGCCGAGCCAGUGCAGCUCCUCUGGUCUUGGGGCCUGCCUUUGCGCAAUCAGAGCUUGCUGCUGAAGGCAGUGCUGUGGGUGCCGCUGGGCCUCUUGCAGGGUGUCAUCGUGCUUCUGGCCUACGACGAGUACCUCGAUCGUCAGGAGCACCAGCAGGGCCAUCCCCAGCAGCGGGAGUCCUUCGCCUGGAACCGCUACCACUGCAAAGCAGUUGCGGCUCUGUGCGAAGGUCUGCCAGCACUGACCGUCAUCGUUUGCAGCUGGUGGAGUCUGAACUAUCCACCAGAGGAUCCAUUGAUGAGAAUGUCCUGGUCAUUUGAGAGGCAGUUUCUUGGGAUCUUGGGCAUCGUGCUUUUCAUCUCCGCUGGCUCCGGCAUGGUGGAGUUGGAUUAUUGCUGUUCCGGCGCAGUGGCUAGAGAGAUGCAGAAAUCGCUCAGAUAUGAGUUGCUGCAUCUCCUCUUCCGGGUGAGCGAGGUCUUAACCCGCACCGUGAUGAUGGUGGCCUUUAUGGUUACCACACGCCGCUUGGUCUGGUGGUGGUGGUGUCCGGCUGCUUCGAACUUGCUCUUCACCUACAUGCUGGUGCUAUACCACGGAGGGGAUGAGGUUCGUUCCACAGUGCGGCUUCUUUGUUGUGUUCCUUGCGCCUGGGUGAACCUGUUUUGCUUUGUGGAUUCGCCAUACAAGCGCCGAGCUGCGCGCAAGAUCUCCAGGUGGCUGGAUGUGAAGUUUCUGCUUGAAGUCCUGGUGCUACCUUUGAUGGUGUGUGCGGCGGCGGCUGCCAGAGAUGGCUGGGAUGACCUUCAAAAGAAUGUGGCGAUGCAUUGCGGAAUGUUUGUCGGCAUGUUCAUUUCUUUAUUUGUAUACUUCUUUCUUUGGCUGUGGAUGCAGUGCACAAUUCUUUGGCAGAUCGACAUGAUUGAUAUUUUCACAGCCAGCGAGAAAGGAAACACGCAGGAAGUCAAGGAAGUGAUGGAGAGGCUGGUGGCCGAGGUCAAGGAGUUGACGCGAAGUGCAUCGGCCGACAUCGACUUGAACAGGCCGGAUGUGGAUGGGAACACGCCCUUGAUGCUGGCGGUUCGCGAGGGCCACGCUGAGGUCUGCAAGUUCCUGGUGGUUGAGGGUGCUCUGGUGGGCAUCAAGCACUCGGGGAGGCGCAACCUGGCGCGGAACCGCUGCAGCCGGGCCUGCCAAUCCAGCUGGACGGCUCUGCACCUGGCGGCCUGGCUCGGCAAGGAUCGGAUCAUUCGCGCGCUGCUGGAGGGUGGCGCUUUGGAAGAGGAGGGCAAGGACUACGUGGACGAGCACGGGGAGACCCCGCUGCAUGUUGCGGCACGCGCUGGACAGUUAGAGGCGGCCCGGCUCCUGGCGCUGGCGUGUCCGCGCUGGACGGCCACCGCGGACUCCAGCGGGAGGAGGCCGGCGGACCUGACGCGCUCGGAGGGGCUGCGCAUGUCGCUGGCGCGGUCCUGGGGCAGCUGGGACCCCGAGCACUUCCAGGCGCAGGCCCUGGCGGCCGUGGAGGAGCUGGGCGUGCCUUCCGCACACAGCCGCCCGAGCAGUCAGCGGCGUUCUUCCUCUGUGCAUGAAGACUGGUGCUCAGUCCCAUUGCAUAUCUCAAGGAAAUGCCAGCUGCUGGUGGCGCCUGGCCUAUGCUCGUAUGUUGCCGCCAGUUGUGGCGGAGCCUUGGGCCGCCUGUGCUUGACCAAAGCAGAGGAGGAAGGGAGCCAGGUGUUUGAUCAGCCGCUGCGACUAGAGGAUUUGGUGCGGAUUGACCUCUGGGGCCGGGAGGUGAGCUGCUUUGGGGAGGCCAACCCAUGGCAGAAUGCUCCCGCACUUAUUGGCGAGGGCCGCUUUGGCGAGGUCUUCAGGGCGAAGCACAGACAAACUGGCACGUGGUAUGCAGUGAAGGUUUUCAAGACGCAGCAGCGACCUGUCGCCCCGGAAGUAGUCCGCGAGUGUGAGGUUGGGACACACGUGCGGCAGACCCCCCACCCAUGCAUCGUCCGCCUCUACAUGGUCAAUUUUGAUGACGCAGGACUUUACACCUUGGUCAUGGAGUUCUGCCCGAGCAACCUCCUGCAGCAAGUCCGCAAUGCCAAGCGUCUUCGAGCUGCGAGCACGUACAGGCCGCCAGAGCAGACCGUGGACUGGCUGGGGCAAAUCUUUCUGGGCUUGGAGCAUAUGCACCGCAGGCUCAAUACUCUCUUCAGGGACUUGAAGCCAGAAAAUGUGGUUUUGGACAGCCUGCUUUGCUGCAAGCUGGCCGAUUUCGGCGCUGGGCGACUGGGGCCUUCUUCCGGAACAUUUUCGUUUGGCCACCCCGCAGGUAGUCCGGGCUACAUCGCGCCAGAAGUUCUGGGCGGUAUGCCACAUGAUGAGUGCGCAGAUCUAUAUUCACUCGGAGUGCUGACUUGGUUGCUCUUUACUGGCGGCCUACCAAAUGAAGUGCCUCCCAUGGCCAAGCCGCCACAGUGGCAGGCGCAUUGCUACGAUUGGUGGAUGCUGGCAACCUGUGUGGCCAACAACUUUCCACCCUUUCAAGGUAUGGAAAAUGCGACGAAUGACCAGGCGGACCAGGCUCGAAACUUCGUCGACCUGCUGGUGAAGCCUCCGACAACUCGAAUGAGGCAUGGGGACCUGCGCCAACAUCCCUUGCUCCUUCCGCUGAGGCUUCCCAGGUAUUCCGCCGGCCCAUGCCAGGUGGAGGCCUGGCUGCAGGAGCGAGGCUUCGCCAAAAAAGUGGAGAGCCGGCCGUCCUCCAAGUCCUGGAAUUCAGGCGGGGAGCUUCAGCGACGGGAAAAUCACAUUUGUGCGGGUCAGGAUGAGCUAAGCGCAAAGUUCCGCUCAAUCCAAGUCAGUUCCCGCGCGGAAUCUUGUACAUAGCACAUUAGCUUUCCCUUUGAGACUUGAGUUGACCAUUGGGGA